AGACUGGUCGAGAGACGUACAGAGUGUGUAUGAGUCGGUGUUUGAGAGAGCGUCCAAGCUGCUGCCUCACGCGCACCGCUCCUUUCCGUCCCUCCUGGGUGCUGAAGAGGAUGGGGAGGGAAGAGCCAGCCUAGAGGAGCCCCUGUUCAUUUCCACCAGAGGGACCCUUCUGAAGGGGGGCUUUUUCCCCACCUCCUCUGCAUCAAAAAGCACCUGGGGAGGCACCCGAUCGCUCGGCAUGGCUGCGAAGGAGAGACUCAAAAGCAAGAUGAGCAAAGACAGCGUCACCCUGCUGCCCUGCUUCUACUUCGUGGAGCUCCCGAUCCUGGCCUCCUCUGUGGUCAGCCUUUACUUCCUGGAGCUGACGGACAUCUUCAAGCCUGUGCACUCAGGCUACAGCUGCAACGACCGGACCCUGAGCAUGCCCUACAUAGAGCCCAACAAGGAGGUCAUCCCGUUCCUCAUGCUCUUCAGCCUCGCCUUUGCUGGACCAGCAGCUACGAUUAUGAUUGGGGAGGGGAUCCUCUACUGCUGCCUGGCCAGAAGAAACCUCGCCAUUAAAACCGAAGCCAACAUAAACGCUGCCGGCUGCAAUUUUAACUCCUAUAUUCGUCGGGCUGUAAGGUUUGUGGGCGUGCACAUUUUUGGCCUGUGCAUCACGGCCCUCAUUACAGACAUCAUCCAGCUGUCCACAGGGUACCACGCUCCGUACUUCCUGACCGUGUGCAAGCCCAACUACACCACCCUCAACACCACCUGUGAUGAAAACGCUUUCAUUGUGGACGACAUCUGUUCCGGAUCUGACCCUACAGCCAUCAAUGCCGGCAGGAAGUCGUUUCCGUCUCAGCACGCCACCCUGGCUGCCUUCGCUGCUGUCUACAUCUCUAUGUAUUUCAACGCUACACUGACCGACUCCUCCAAGCUACUGAAACCCCUGCUGGUCUUCUCCUUCAUCAUGUGUGGAGUCAUCUGUGGCCUAACUCGCAUUAUCCAGUUUAAAAACCACGCCAUCGACGUCUACUGCGGCUUCCUCAUUGGAGGAGGCAUCGCCAUCUACCUGGGUCUGUAUGCAGUAGGGAAUUUCAAACCCAGUGAAGACACGUCUCUCCACCAGCACCACCACAAUCACCAUCACCCACUCCAUCACCUGCGCCCACCGCAACCUCACCAGCCUCAACCUCCACCCAUGCAGCUACCAGCCCAGCCACAGCCCAUCAUGCCCCCGCCAGCCCUCCGAGAGCCCCUGCGUACCCUGCCCAACCUCACCACGGACCACCCGCGCCUCCUACACGCCAAAAGCUACAGCGUGAGGGAGCGACCCACGUCGGCGCGCUCCGAGAGCAUCCUGCUUCGCGGACCUCAGCGUCACAGCGACUCCCUCACCAGCCUGAAGAGAGCCAGCACUGAGGUGGAGUGCAUAACACCCCGCAGCCCAAUCUGCAAGGAGAGCCUGGUGACCUUUAGUAACACGCUGCCUCGCGUCCACUCCACAGCGUCCUUGCAGACUGAGUUACCCUAUUCUCAAAACUAUCAAAAUGGCUACCAGGUAAAUAAGCCUUUCCCCCAGGCUCCAGAAGAGCCCGUCUCCCGUCGUCACGCCGCCAUCCACUCUUCAAUGGACUCCACGCGAUCCAAGCAGCUGCUCUCGCAAUGGAAGAGCAAGAACGAGAACCGCAAGCUCUCUCUGCAGGCCAUGGAGGUGGAGGCCGAUCCGGGCCAUUCGCCUCAGCGCUCUAUGGAACUCCGCUGCAGCUCAGAACCUGCCGCUAUGGGCAUGGAGAUGGGCGGCCCAGCCAGCCAGUACAUGAAGCUGGCGGCUAGCUCUGUGCCACUGCCCAACCACAACCACAACGGAGGUGGUGGAAUGGUGGGUGGAGCCAGAGUGUCCAUGCAGUCGCGACCAGGUUCCUCUCAGCUGGUUCACAUUCCGGAGGAGACACAAGAAAAUGCCUGCUCUUCUCCGCAAGAUGAUAGUGGGGAGGCUAGCGAUGGUGGAGGAGGGAACUCAGCUCGAUCCAAGUGGAUGAAAGUGGCUGAAAAGAGCACCGUCUGCAGGACUAACAGCCAGCCACGCAUUAUGCAGGUGAUUGCCAUGUCCAAGCAGCAAGGGAUGUUGCACGGGAGCCCAAAGAGCGAGAGCAGCACCCUCAGCUGCACCGGAUCCAUCCGCUACAAGGCCCUGAUGGACCAGGAGCCCAACGCAGGCAUUGUGCACGUGGAAGCGCACCCAGAAAGCAGACCUAUGGUAAAAAUGGAAGGUGGUGGCUCCUGGCGGUGGAAGCCUCCUCAAGAGCGAGGCAGCAUUCGCCAGUCCUUCGAGCUUAACGACCUUAACCGGGACUCGGAAAGCUGCGACUCCCUCAAAGACGGCUACGGCUCCGUCGACGGCAAGCAAAGCCUCCCGGACAUGAGCAACCCCUCUCUUCAUCAUCCGCACUUCCACCACCACCACCACCCGCACGCCCACCCGCAGGCCAUCACCACAAUCCGCGUGACGCCGGUGGAGACGAGCAGCGAGGCCGCCUCCGAGACGCUGUCCAUCGCCUCCAGCCGAGACUCCACCCUCCAGCGGCGCAAAAACAACAGCGUCAGCGUCAACGUCUCCAUGCUGCCCGACAGAGGACCCAGCCCGGACAACACCAGGAACCUGCCGCACUUUUUCAAACACUCCCCCACACCCCCUCCUACUGUGACCUUCAAAGAGUGAGCUCCGACUCUCUGAGUCUUCUUUCUUUCCCCUCGUUUCCUGUUCCCGGAGUGGCCUUGCUCUACUGCUCACACUUCUCUACAGGGACAGAUGGGAGCUAAUACUGGAUAUCUCCAUUGCCCUCCAUUCUGACAGCCAGCUGGCUCUCUCUGACCCACGGAAGGCAGUUGUAAGGGGAGUUGUGCAUUUUCCCUCUCUUUUUUACCAUACUGUGACAUUGAGAAGCACAAAAAAAUGCUUUGUUUUUUCUCUCCAUGUCCAUGGUGGACUUUUUGCUUUUUCGUUUUGGCUUAAUUCGACUGUGUUACGUUUUCACCACGAUUAUACAGUCAAAGACAUUUUUUUUGGUCGACGAUAUUGUCUACACUACCUAGACAGUGUUUUUUAAACUCCCAUCGUCCUUUACUAACAAACACGUGUGUUGCCUCAGACGACAACAUGGCGGUGCUUUAGAAAUACCAUACACUUUCAUACCAUAUAUCCCAGUGUGGAAAUAUACAGUAUAUAUAUAUUUUUCUCAGUGUAAAUAUAUUUGUAACAGACCAUAUAGUUGGGCCUCUUUAGAGCAUCACUGGCUGUUAAUUAUCCUUACAGCGUUGCUAGCAAGUACUAUAGACGUGGCUUUUAGAAGGGUAAGGGGAUGUAACUGUAAAUUUACGUUUACACAGAGUAGAAGUGGAGUAGUGGAUUUGCCAAACUUCAGAACAGAUACUGUAGACUGUUGAACAUGAAGGUGCUACAAUGUGUUCUUUGAGUGGUGCCAUAGAAGAACCAAAUUUUGAUCUAGAGACAAGUAUUCCAUGUAUGAGAUCUGCAUGUGUGUGUAGAACCUUUAAAAUGGGGGAUGUCCUGAAUCAAUUCGGUAAGAUGUGCUGUUAAUGACAGCAGUGUAAUAAAUAAUGUUUUUUACUUCACUUCUGUACUUAAGUACUAAAAUAAUGCUGUAUCUGUAUCUACUGGAGUAUUAUUUUUACUACUUUAAUUUUUUCUUUACUACAUAUUUUCCAUGAAGGAAUCAUUCCAAACCACAUUAUUACUAAAUCCAGAGCGGUAGAUGCUCUGCUCUGUCACUGGGUUUGAUGAAGCUGCUUAUCGUUGAGUGAAUCAAGAGAUCAAGCUGAUCUUACAAGAAGAUCUCGCUGCUUCUGUUCUACCUCUGAGAACUUUCCAAUGCUUUCUGUAAUAACUACACUAAUAACACAGUACUGUACUUUUACUUUCAGUACUUCAGUACUACAUUUUACAAUAAACUACUUACUGCAAUACCUAAGUACAAAAAUGUUAAAUACGUUAGUACUUUUACUUAGGUUCAGAGUUUAAAGAACA